CACCAUGUUGGACGUGAUCCAACCCACUAGUAACAUACCGGCUUCCACAGUCGAAAGCAGUGAUGUGGUUGUGGUACGGGCCAGGCCCAAGAAAGUAUUCAAGCCGAAGGCAAGGAUCAACAGGAUUCCCCAGGAGCUGCUCGAUGACCCGUUGCUACAGCAGGCCAUCGACCGCCUGCCCUCGAACUAUAACUUUGAGCUGCACAAGACGAUCUGGCGCAUAAGGGAAAUGAAGGCCAAGCGAGUGGCUCUGCAGCUGCCGGAGGGCUUGCUCAUGUACGCCAUGGUUAUAAGCGAUAUCGUGGAGCGCUUUACCACUGCCGACACUGUCAUCAUGGGCGACGUCACCUACGGAGCUUGCUGUGUAGAUGACUACACGGCCCAGGCCUUGGGAGCUGACCUUCUUGUCCAUUACGGGCACAGCUGCCUCAUUCCUGUGGACCAGACAUGCGGCAUCAAGGUUCUUUACAUUUUUGUGGACAUUAAAAUUGACCCGCUGCAUUUCCUUGAUUCGGUGAAGCUAAACUUUCGGCCAGAUGUGGGCCAGAUAGCACUGGUCAGCACAAUCCAGUUUGUGACCACUCUCCAGGCUGCAUCCACGGAGCUUAAGGCAGCCGGCUAUGAUGUGAUAGUUCCUCAGGCCAAGCCAUUGAGUCCGGGUGAGAUUCUCGGCUGCACCUCGCCCCAACUGCCCGAGACGACCAAAAUGAUCAUUUAUCUAGGAGACGGGCGCUUUCAUCUUGAAUCCGCCAUGAUUGCGAACCCGCUUCUAAAGUCCUACAAGUACGAUCCGUACGAAAAAAAAUUCACCAUAGAAGAGUAUGAUCACAGAGCUAUGCAGGACCUUCGAUUGGAUGCCGUGCAGCGAUCUAAGAAGGCUCGACGCAUUGGUAUCAUUUUAGGCACACUGGGUCGCCAAGGCAGCUCACGGGUUCAUCGGUUUUUAGAGAAACGACUGCAUGCAAAGGGCAUUGAAACGACUACUAUUUUGCUGUCGGAGAUCUUCCCUCAGAAGCUGGCUCUUUUCGCAGACAUUGACGCCUUUGUUCAGAUCGCAUGCCCCCGACUCUCGAUUGACUGGGGCUCCGCCUUCACUCAGCCGCUUCUUAAUCCCUACGAGCUUUCUGUGGUUUUGGGAGAUGUCGAAUGGACGCCUCACAACUCAUCGCCCCGCACCAAUGCCUAUCCGAUGGACUUUUACGCCAGCGGUAGCCUGGGUCCCUGGACUCCCAACUUUAAGCCACCGGCGCUGGGAGAAUGCGAGAACAAGCCUUCGGCGGAUUGCUGUGGGCGUUGCACCCGUGCUGAGCUGGAGAAGGACGACUCCGGCAAGUCGGCGGCACUGGCCGAUAUUCUGGACUUUAAAAAGGGAUAAGAAAACUGUUAGCUAUGCUUCCACCACACUAAAAAGCCCUCCAUCUCAAACGAUCUGCCACGUGACAAUGAUUAUAUGUAUCGAUCGUCUGACCAAAUAUACAUAAUUGCCUAUCUACUAAUUUAGUUAGUACAAAUCUGGUAUUUAAGUUUAAAGUUUAGAACAUCUUUUUAGUUCAUCACAGAUAGGUUCAUAAUUUCCCCUUUCGCAAUAUCAUCUAGUAUUAGUUACUAGUUUUAUUUUCAACAGAGAUAUGCAAUUGUUAUAUUGACUGCAACAAUGUACACAAUUUUUAACAUUAAAAGAAUGUUUAAAACAAACUUUAAAA